UCAACGUCCUCAGGUCACUGUCAGGUGUCUGGUGGGGCGCACAUCCAUACUCCCAGAAGCUACUGUACAACGCCAUUGUUCGAAGUCACUUUGACUAUGCCUCAUUUAUCCUGGACCCCUGUAAUAAGGCUGCAUUAGAAAAAAUUGAUAAGGUUCAGUACAAGUGUCUUCGAAUAGUGUCCGGUGCAAUGAAAUCUACCCCCACCAAUGCCCUUCAGGUUGAGUGUGUCGACCCCCCUCUCUCGCUGCGGAGACAGUACUUGUGUGACCGGUUUUUCCUCCGGAUCUGGCAGUCAGAGUCUCACCCUCUAUUGUCCAAGCUCGAUACCCUUAAGCGGUUAUGUCAUGCUCAAGAAACCCAUGGCCUUUCCUUCCUUCUCAAAUCAUUCAUUUUUGCUUCCAACCUUCCUCAUCCUUCAAUUAAAUUUAAAAUGAACCCUCUGUUUAGUGUCCCUUAUGAUGCCCUGGUUUUUCAGCCCAAUGUUGUUAUGGACAUGGGCAUUGUGAAAAACGCUCCGGGGGCCGAGAAAACAUUGACUCAUAAACUCCAGUCAGAGUGGCCUGGUUGGCUCCCAGUCUUCACAGAUGCCUCCAAAUUUUCAGAUAAGAGCAAUGUUGGUCUAGCUGUCUGGCUUCCUAAGUACAAAAUUACCCUUAAUUUCAAACUCCCCCCUGAAUCCUCGGUCUUCACGGGCGAGGCUACCGCUAUUCUGGAGGCACUUCUGUACACUGAGUCUCACAAACUCAACAAAACUAUUAUUCUAUCAGACUCUUCUAGCUGCUUACACUCAAUUAUUUCAUUUCCUUUUAAAUCAAAAUCUAAAUUCCCUAUCAUUCUUCAAAUUAGACAAACUCUCUUCCGUUGCAAGACUCAGGGUAUAGAGGUGGCUAUUGCCUGGAUACCUGGCCACAGUGGCAUCAUUGGUAAUGAGUGUGCAGAUUCCUUCGCUAAGGAUGCCGUUAGCUUGGGCCUGGAUACUCAUUACCAUAAUUUUGCCCACGACCUUGCCUCGCUCGCAGGACCGAGGCCUGAUAAUUCCUGGAAGGAGUCCUGGGAAGCUUCCAGGAACAUUAAAGGUAUUAACCUUGUAAAUAUCUUUAAAUCUCCACCGUAAAGACAGCAAUUAACAUAGUGUGUACCUUAACACAAUCGUUUUUGGCCGAAUUUGCUGUGUUAGUCACACACGGCAUACAGCCACAAACAAAGAUUGAUUGAUUGAUUG